AUGUCUAGUUCAAUCUUCGGCCCGCUUUUGGGCCUUAUGGAACGUGUCAAUUCGCUCAAUGCGCCCUACCAAGCAUUGUCUUAUGAAGAACAAAAGGCCAUGACUAUUUUGCAGAGAGUCAAAUUCUAUAACUGGACUUUCGAAUUAUGUGCCCUAGGUGUGUUGUUUUUAGUGUAUGCUUUCUACAAAUUCGGUAAUUCCGUUAAUUUAAAGCGCGGAGGCCAGGUCUUCCAAUCUUUGCAUUCGUUUUUGGCUAACGACCUGAAGUUCUCCCGUGUGGGCUUCAAUAUAAAUGACUCUAAAAUUUUUACCGUGGAACAUCAAAACACAUGGUUCUCCUCCUUUGCCACCGGUAGAUCUGCUAUCAAAAGCGUCAAUUUGAACCUUCAUUUAGUGGCACGUAGCAACCCAUUUUCUAUGUGCCUGGAGUAUCUGCUUGGAUUUUUUUUUGCAAGUAUGAAGAGUAAGCAGUUAGAAGAAUUCGUUGAAGUAGUCAUCAAACCAAACGGUAUCUAUGUGGCCAGCGAAUCUGCGCACGUUAACAAGAAUGCACAAGAAGUUUUGACUAAAUUCAAAUUUGUUACUUCCAUUGUUAACAAAGAAUUCAUGAAUCAAGCUAGAGCUGAAAAUUACUUUUUAUCCAUUGCACACACCAGUGAAAACGAUAAAAUUCCUAACAAUUUCGUUUACAUGUCCGAUGUCAACCAAUUAUCAGGGUUCAUGUUGCAUUACUCCAAACCUUAUGAAGUCCUUUCUCAAGCUGGCAACUUUUUGAAAUUUAUUGGUUUCACUGACCUUCCCAUCAACGCCCCACACGAUGAUAAGGAAUGGGACAAUUCAAUAGAAUCAAAAGCCAUUAUCCGUUGCGCUGUUCCUCAGAACGAAAAGGAACUGAAGUUGUUAAACCAAAUCAUUGCCCUAGUCGUGGAAAUUUACGACGGGUGCACUCAAGAUUUAGUCCAGAAAUCUCCAAACCUAUUUAUCACUAAUGAUAUCUUGAAGAGGACUACCAAUUUACGUCAACAAGAAUUGAACAAGAUCAGAAAAUUUAUGAAAGAAACUGAAUUGGAGUUGGCAAAGGAGAAAAAACUGGAAUUGGAAAAGGCCAAGAGACGCCAAUUGAAGGCUUCUGGUGAACAAGAGAAGGUUGAUCAAAAGAUGAAAGAAAAGAGAGAAAGACGUCUCAAAAACAAGCAAAGGGCAAGAGUUCAAUAA